AUAGAACUAUAAAUCUCUCAGAACUUUCUAGGAAGAACCUCUAAAAACGAUCAACCAACUACUGCCAUCUUUCUCAACCUUUUCAUGUCUCUGUCUUGGUUUUAAGAGGCUUAUCAACUUGAGGAAGCCAAAACCCGUUGGUCGAUCGGAGUCCUAGGGUUAGAAAAUUUUAUCGAUCUAGUUGGUGGUUAAAAAGUUUGACUUCGUUGAUUUAGCUUGCCACUGGUGAAUCUUGAAUUUGUUCUAUUCAUGGAUGAUGGAGAGUUAGAUUUCUCUAACCAAUCCUUAAAAAUGGACCAUCAAUUACUGACAAUGGAUAGUUUUUUGGAGGAUUUCCUUGGUGAUAGUCAUGCAGGUACUCAAACCUAUACUUCCAACCCAAUUGGAGAAGAUGUACCUCACCCACAAAACUCUUUCCAUCGCCGUACUAAAAACCUUCCUGUUGAAGAGAAGACCACUACAGAGGAAACAGAUGACUCUGUUGAAAUUAAAUCAAAAAAACGGGCACCUGGUAACAGGGAGUCUGUGCGUAAGUACCGCGAGAGAAAGAAAGCCCGACAAGCUUUAAUAGAGGAUGAACUUACCAAAUUGAGAAUCGUAAAUCAGCAGUUGUUAAAAAGGUUGCAGGGACAAGUUGCUCUUGAGCAAGAGGUAGCUAGGUUCAAGUGUCUGCUUGUGGACAUUAGGGGAAGGAUUAAAGGUGAACUUGGAACAUUUCCUUAUCAGAAACCAAGUAACGGUACCAUGGCUGGAGCUUAUGAUGUGAACCAGUGCGACGUUCAGUUUUCUGGAUUAGAUAAUCAAGAUGUUGACGUAUCUGGUGGAUUUCAACCUGAAGGUUUUGGGGCUUCUGAUGGUAGUUAUUUACCGAGUAUUUGGAACAGUAAUCAUUCAGGAUAUAAUAAGUUUCUAAAUUUUGGACAAACAAAUGUCAGGUUAGCUGCUAAUGCUAAUAAUCCCUCCACUGCUGCCAAAAAGCGAAGAGGGAAGAGCUCAAACAAAAGUUUGAAUAGAUAACUAGCCAGGAAAAUGUUUGUUGUGAUGAUCCAACUUUGAAUAAUUGUAAUUAAUGCUU